UCUGUUAGCUUUUACAAAGGUCGUUGCCAUAGUAAUCUUCGCUGCGAAAUACUUGCUCCUCUCCUGCAUUGCGCAGCCGCAGUACCUGACCUCUCACGUAUUUGGCGGCGCAGGGAUUUAGCUUCACACCGGAAAGGAUUGGGAUUUUCCAGAUCGUAACAGCAAACCUGGGGAACGUUAACAAGACACAGGAGAAGAUGUCCAAGAAGGCACCAUACCCCGCCCAGCAGCCCUACCCCACCCAGGGCCAGGCUGCCAUGGCUGCACAAGCCCCCCAGGUCCCCGGGGCUCCACCACCGUACAUGGCUCAUCCUCAGGGCCAAGCCCCACCCCCAUACACCUACCAGCAGGCGCCCACACAGUACACAGGAGCGCCCCCUAUGCAGCAGCAGUAUGGCCAACCGCCGGUGCAGGUCGCGAUGCAGGUCCCGUACUACGCACCUGGGAGCACCGUUCACGCGCAGGGGGCCUUUGACUCUGGAGCCAGGUUUUCGGCAGGAGCCACGCCAAACAUUCCUCCCCCUCCACCAGGAGUGAUGCCCAACCAGGCCCAGUUAGCAGCAGCACAGGGCGCCACGGUCGUGGCCACACAGCAGAAGUCCGACUUCUUCACCGGAGGGUCGGGAGGCGGAUACAGCCUGUUCUAGAUCAACCGUGAGGAACUUUGGGAUGUGCAGAAAAAUGGUGCCAUCUUGUAUACUUGCACCAUGUAAGGAGGCAAAGGAAACAUCAACAGUAAACAACAAGAACUUAUAUUCUACUAACACCUUGUAUUUCAAGGGCACUAUCUGCACAGUUUCUAUCUGCCUAUCAUCCUGCAAUACAGGGCAGUGUGAUUCCUUUGUGAUACUACAUUUGUAAGUAGAUAAGGUGGUAUGGUUAAUUCUUUGUUUAACUUUUUUUGUUUGAACUUUUGUUUGUGAGUAUCAUUGUACGUUCUAUUGCUUCAGUACAUUUGAAACUUGUAAUCAAUCAUAAGUAAUAAACCAGAUGGAAUAAGUUUUUGUGUGUUAUGAUAACAUAGAAAGAGUUGAUGAUUAGCGCUACCAGUAUAGAGAAAGAGGACUGGAGAUGAUUUUUUUACUGUACAUAAUCGUAAUAAUAUCCGAUCAUCACUUUUAAGAAACCCUAAGAUAGAAGUAUAAGGGUUAUAAUGUUAGUGCCAUUUGGCAGUUCAUGUCCUACAUCUUAUUACAACAGCAAAACUGCUCCUUGUUACUGUUUUUAACUUCCGAUUCCCAUUCUUGUUCUUUACUCAAGGGCGUAAUUGGACUGUAAAGAUUGAAUAAUUUUCUUAUUUCUAAGCCUGGCAUGGCAGUAUACUGCACUGUUGUGAAUAUUUAUAAAACUGAUGAAUAUCUGACUGAUAUAAAAACUG